AUGGACACACUCCUUGGGAAUUUGAGAAAGAUCCUCGGCAGUAGGCAAGAGAGGAAGGAGAGAGCCAAGCGCGAGGAACCCCGAAAACACUGGGCCUCAUCGUCUCUUGCGCUUACCGAGCGCCCAGUCAAAGGAGACCUAACACCCAUCAACGCGGCCUUGGCAGUCGCUGAGUUUCCCCUUGGGUGGGUCCUGGUCGGCAUUGUGACGGCUGCCGAUAGACGUCUCAACUCAGAGGAGGCUGAGGAGUCCAGCGAGCGGGGAAAGAAGCGCCCACUUCUGGCGCUGCCAGUGAAGGACAGGUGA